AUGAAGAAAAUAGUGACCAAAAUCCUUCUACUUAUUUUGGCAACUGGCACGUGUUUACAAUUUAGCCUUUUCGUGAUACAUUUCUUCUCCGGUUGGUCGCACGAGUCUGCACCAACUCCAGCAUUAAAGUCAGGUACAUUUUACGUCGCUGAACUUCAGAAAAACGAUCAGCAAUUGGAAAACGCAAAACAGGAACAAAUUACGGCACCUCCCUACCUAAGUGAUCUUUCAACGUUGCAAUUCAGACAUAAAACAUCUCUUAUAACUAAGAGAAUUUGUGCACAACAUUACGAACUUCUCAUUCUUGUAGCGUCUGCUCCACCUAAUUUGCAAAGAAGGAAUAAUAUACGUCUAACAUGGGCUUUCCGAAGGGCUCUCAAACCAAGAUGGACGACAGUUUUUCUUGUCGCACAAGUACAAAAUCAACCUCUGUCAAACUUUUUAUUGAGGGAAGAUGAAGUUUAUGGAGACCUUGUGCGAGCUGACUACUUUGACCAUUACUGGAAUCAGACCAGAAAGAUACAAAUGGGCUUCGAAUGGGCGAUAAGGUAUUGCAGGUUCUCUUUUCUUUUAAAGACAGAUGAUGAUGUCUUCGUGAAUACUCCAGCUGUUCUUUCCUUCUUGAAUAACCCUACAAUUCCAAACGUAAUGUUAUACGCCGGUAAACAGUACAAAAACCCUUGGAUUCUCAGAAGUGGAAAAUGGAAAGUAAGUUUGGAAGAAUUUGCAGGAAAACAUUACCCUGAUUUUUGCGCAGGGUUUGGAUACAUUUUAUCACGCGAUGUUGUUGCUUCGUUUGUCGAAGCUUUUUCCAUGGUACCUUUCUUUAGACUGGACGAUGUCUACGUUGGUAUGUUGGCGAAAAAGACUGGAAUAAAAAUUUUACACGCUGAUGGUUUUGAAUUAAACUCAAAGAGGCCGGAAUUGCAGUGUACUCCAAGUACCAAUUUUAAGACGCUAAUACGACAUGGUGUAGAGGGAAAUUGCCUGAUCGAAAUGUACCACAGAGCGGUUUUAUCACGUAAAGACAGUGAUCGUUCGAAUGAAUUAAGCCAUACUUAA